AAAUUCCUUGGUAUUGGUAUAUUCUUGAAUUUCUAGGUGUAAAUUCAAGGGUAAGUAUUAACUAUUUGGGGCAAAAGAUUAUAAGUCCUUGAAGGAUUUUUUUGGGAAUUAAAGAAAAUGUAAGGAUUUGAUUGAAGAGUAAAAGUUUCUUGAUGUUAUGGGGAAUGCAUGUGUAGGACCCAAUUUGGGCAACAAUGGGUUCUUGCAAUCAGUUACAGCAGCUAUUUGGAAAACAAGGCAACCAGAACAUUUAACUCUCCCAAAUAAAGGGGAUUCAACUUCCCAAAAAAGCCAAGAGAAUUCAUCAGUUGGUUUGUCGAAAACAUCUUCGAAAACAGAUGCAAAUGUUACUCAGAGUACCCCACCCCCACACCUUAUGAUUACUGGGGACGCUGAGUAUGAUGCUAAAUCAGUAAAUGCCCAAAAGGGUGUUAAAGAGGAGGGUAAUGAUGUCAAGAAUCCAAAUGUUAAAAGUACUACUGCUAGCGAUAAGCCAACGGAGGGAGUGAAACAGAACAAGCCUAGUCAUGUGAAGCGAUUAUCGAGCAUAGGGCUUAAAAUGGAAUCAGUUUUGGGAAGAAAGACGGGAAAUUUGAAGGAUGUUUAUAGUUUAGGGAGGAAGCUUGGACAAGGGCAAUUCGGAGAGACAUUCUUAUGUGUGGACAAGGAACAUGGAAAGGAAUUGGCGUGUAAGUCCAUUGCUAAAAGGAAGUUGAAUACUGAGGAGGAUGUGGAGGAUGUAAGAAGGGAGAUUCAUAUUAUGCACCACUUAGCAGGGCACCCUAGUGUGGUACAAAUAGUGGGGGCUUAUGAGGAUGCUGUUGCAGUACAUGUUGUGAUGGAACUUUGUUUGGGUGGAGAGCUAUUCGACAGGAUUUUACAGAGAGGACAUUACAGUGAGAAGAAGGCAGCUGAACUUUCUAGGGUAAUUGUAGGUGUUGUGGAAGCAUGCCAUUCCAUGGGUGUCAUGCAUAGGGACCUGAAACCCGAGAACUUUCUUUUUAUCAAUCAGGAUGAGGAUUCGCCCUUGAAGACAAUUGACUUUGGGUUAUCAGUGUUCUUCAAGCCGGGUGAAAUGUUCACUGAUGUUGUCGGAAGCCCUUAUUAUGUCGCCCCAGAAGUCUUGCGGAAGCAUUAUGGUCCAGAAUGUGAUAUAUGGAGUGCUGGAGUGAUCAUUUAUAUUUUACUAAGUGGAGUUCCCCCCUUUUGGGAAGAGACGGAGCAAGGAAUAUUUGAACAGGUUUUAAGAGGGGAACUUGACUUUGUAUCAGAACCUUGGCCAAAUGUAUCAGAAAGUGCAAAAGAUCUUGUCAGAAAGAUGCUUGUGAGAGAUCCAAAAAAGCGGCUAACAGCCCAUGAAGUCCUUUGUCAUCCAUGGGUCCGUGUUGGCGGUGUAGCUCCAGAUAAGCCUCUUGAUUCUGCUGUUCUGAGUCGUCUCAAUCAAUUUUCUGCAAUGAACAAAUUAAAAAAGAUGGCAGUUAGAGUUAUUGCUGAAAGUCUGUCAGCAGAGGAAAUUGCAGGACUCAAGGAAAUGUUCAAAAUGAUAGACGCUGAUAAUAGUGGAAGUAUUACGCUCGAGGAACUGAAGAAGGGUUUGGAAAGAGUAGGUGCCAAUCUGAAGGAUUCAGAAAUAACUAGUUUAAUGCAAUCGGCAGAUAUUGAUAAUAGUGGUACCAUUGACUAUGGUGAGUUUAUAGCUGCUAUGCUCCAUCUAAACAAAAUUCAUAAGGAGGAUCACAUGUAUGCUGCUUUUUCGUAUUUUGAUCAAGAUGGUAGCGGCUAUAUCACGAAGGAUGAGCUCCAACAGGCUUGUGAGAAGUUCGGGAUGAGCAAUAUCCCCAUCGAAGAACUUAUGCGCGAAGUAGAUCAAGAUAAUGAUGGACGCAUCGAUUACAAUGAAUUUGUAGUGAUGAUGCAAGACACCGGUUUUGGUGAUAAGGGGAGUAGAAGAAUGUAAGCAUUGGCAUUUCAGAGGCGUUAAAAGCCCGGGACUCAUGAUAAAAUCAUACUUACAUUGGCCAUUUGCAUUUACGUCCCCAAAAGUACAUGACAAGAGAAACUUACACUGUAUUAUAUCAUACAUACAUGUAAAGAAUAGUCAGGCAUUGGAGAGGGAAGGCUAGGCUAGUUUUUUCUUCCUUAAUAGCAUUCACAUUUUGUAUCUUUUACUUGUAUAUUUCUCUUUUUUUUUCACUCCCAUUUUGUAUCUAUGAAAUUUUUGUUACACUUAUUUAGAUUUACACUUUACCUGUCCAUUUGAUCAAUUUCAGUGUUU